AGUCAUUUUCUGUAAAGACUAACCUCAGUCAUUAUAUUGAUAAAUUAAGGAAUUACUUAUGCAUCCUGUUGUGUUGGACCUCACAUUUGUUUCUGAGCUUGUUUGUCUCUGCAUACAUUUGAAUAAAAACUAGGCUGAGGUGCUAAAUUUACUAGACCAACAGAAAAUGAACCUACAGGGAAUUGCAUUGCAGUGAAAAUGGAACAAGCAAGAAUGUGCAUGGGUUGUGCAUUUCAGUCUUUUGGCAUAGUAGUAGUGCAAUACUCUUGCACAACUGGUGUGUUAAGUUCCUUUUUGAGCAGUCAAAGUAGAUUUUGAGUCUCAACCAGGAAGGCACUUGUGACAAUGUUCCCAUCAUGUUUCUUACGCGUGAGAGAAACUGAGAAUGAACAUAACAGAUGGCCUGUUAGGUAGCAUGUUGUGUCAUGUUGGACCUAUCCAAGAAACCCUGGCAAUAAUCUGAACACUAUUUUAGCCUGUACUGUGCACCAAGCUGAAAAAAAUACAGCUAUCAGUGAUGUGUUUGUUUUCUAAUAAACAGUAUUUAGUGUUGAUCCACAAAAGACCUCAGUGGCAAUAUUACAGUGGAUUUAACUGUACAACACUGCACCUGCUGCACACUAAACUGGCCUCAGCUCAGGUAUCCCAAAUGACAUCAGCUCAUUUCGUAUUCUCGCUGGAUGCUGGCAUAUUUCUCUUUUAUGUCUGCCAUCUGGAACUCCUCAAAGCGUCUGAGAAUGGACUACACAAACGUGAAUACAUUAGAUUGAAACGGUAUUCUCACUGGUUUCUGUAAUGGCCCUGAGAUCAACACUCCUUGUUAUUAAAAUGCACACAAGAAUAAAUGAAACACAUUUCAGCCAUGCUGCAGCAGAUUUAAAUCAUCUUGAUGUUUGGGUGCUUUGGAAAAUAACAAGUCCCACAAUAUUUCUGUGAAGGAUUCUGGUGUCUUUGUUAUAACAGUGAUGUUUGUGACCUUAUUUAAUAUUUUAUUAUGGCACGAGUGUAAACCACAUACAUCUAAAACCCCGAAGGGAUUGUUUUUAUAUGUUAAGAAUUAAGUUUAUGCCUUGUGUGUAGGGCUGCAUUUCCACUGUGAAGGAAGAAUUUUAUCAGAGCUUCCUCAGCAAACAGCAGUUGAUUUCUGUAUGAAAUCCUGCUGUGACACACAGUUUGGGCCUCUUCUUUCUGCAAGAAGUCCAUAUAGCAUUAUAUACGUGUGUGUAUAUAUAUAUAUAUAUAUAUAUAUAAAGUACUGAAGAUCAUAGAUUUGAAAUAGCAGGCAUAGUGAGUGAUGUCAAAUGACAGAUGCUGUAAAUACUCUCAAGGCUGUAACAUAUUUUAUUUCUAUGAUUUAUCACUUCACCUUCAGUGCAGAGCAUCAAGAUGUUUUAAAUAAUUGAUUUUUUCCCCCAAUCAAUGCAGCAAAUCCCCAAGGUCUUUGUAGGUGUGUGUAUUUUUACUGCUGAAAUUGAAAUAAUGUGCCUUUCCCAUUCAAUUCUGGUGCCCCUGACCUGACUGACCUUUACUGAAGUUGGUGGACUAAAACAAGAUGUUGUUUUCGAUGCAGAAAAUCAAAGUUACAGAAUGAGGCUCAAAUUGAAUAACUCAGCCAUCAUGUUAUGACAGUUUGCCUUUCUAAGUUUUGUUCUAGCAACACUAUUCUUUUAUUGCAUAUUCAUUUAGUGCACCAGGGUGACUCAUUUUCUGAUUUCCAUCUUUAACUCCUCUUGGCAGUACUUGUUGCAGCAGCAGACCUGCAGCCCACCUGGUUGCGCACCUCUAACAGGUGAAUAGCAGCGUGUGUGGUGAGGCGAUGAUUCGUGGGCAUCCUGUUUCUCUCGGUCUGCCGCUGCCAUGUGAUAGCCGGAGUUUUAUUCCGUGUCUCAGUCAGCAGACAUGCUGCCUCCCCUGCUAAGCAGUAAAACCUGCGCCGACCGCCAGGACGGCCGGAGGAAAUGGUGCCCUGCUAUCUGCAGCCGAGUUCAAUUGGGGUUGAACGGGCAUCAUGUAGUCCAAUCCGGGGGUGAAACCCAGACUGCUGCCUGAGGUUACCUUUAAUUUCUUCCUGAAUGAAUGUAUUUAGAUAAACUCAAGAUGAUCUCAAUAAUCUGUUUGGCGAUGCUUCUUCCUGAAGUGGUUCACUCUGCUCAGGGCCAUUAUGCCCAGAAGCUCUUAAAUGAUUUGAUGGAGAAUUACUCCAGCGCCCUGCGGCCUGUGGAGGACACAGACAGAGCCCUCAACGUUACCCUACAGAUCACCCUUUCACAAAUCAAAGACAUGGAUGAGAGGAACCAGGUGCUGAUCGCCUACCUGUGGAUUAGGCAGACGUGGUACGAUGCUUACCUGAAGUGGAAUAAAGAUGACUAUGACGGACUGGACGUCAUCCAGAUCCCCAGCAGCCUGGUGUGGAGGCCUGACCUUGUCCUCUAUAACAAAGCUGACGAUGACUUCUCAGGGCCGAUGGACACCAAUGUGAGACUGCGCUACGAUGGAGAAAUAACCUGGGAUGCACCUGCCAUCACCAAGAGCUCUUGCGUAGUGGACGUCUCCUACUUCCCCUUUGACAGCCAGGAAUGUAACCUCACCUUUGGUUCCUGGACCUACAAUGGCAACCAGGUAGACAUCAUUAUGGGCAUGGACAGCGGUGACCUGUCAGACUUUGUGGAAAACGUAGAGUGGGAGUGCCAUGGGAUGCCGGCAACCAAGAACGUCAUAAUGUACGGCUGCUGCUCCGACCCGUAUCCAGACAUCACCUAUACGGUGCUCCUGCAGCGACGCUCCUCCUUUUACAUCUUCAACCUCCUCCUCCCUUGUUUCCUCAUCUCCUUCUUGGCUCCUUUGGGUUUCUACUUGCCUGCAGACUCCGGGGAGAAGGUUUCCCUCGGGGUGACGGUUCUUCUGGCUCUGACUGUCUUCCAGCUAAUGGUGGCUGAGAGCAUGCCGCCGUCAGAGAGUGUGCCACUUAUAGGGAAGUACUAUAUAGCCACCAUGACCAUGGUUACAGCCUCCACAGCUCUCACCAUCUUCAUCAUGAACAUUCACUUCUGUGGUGCCGAGGCCAAACCAGUUCCACACUGGGCAAAAGUCCUCAUCAUUGACUACAUGUCCAAGAUUUUCUGUGUCUAUGAAGUGGGUGAGAACUGCGCCACUGCCUCCUCCUCAUCCUCUCACUCCUCGCAGGAUGAGUUCCGUCAUCAGCACAUCAACUCUCACAUUCACGCCAACGGUAAACCUGGGAGACACAGUAACCAAGAGGACCGGCAGGGUCACAAAUACCCCAGACCUCAGACUCCCAAACCCCAACAACAACACAGAGUGAGAGUCCAGCACCACAUCACCAGAGACGAGAACAGCCACCUCUCCAGUUUUGCACCUGGCAGGUAUGAAAGCGCUAAUGGUAAAAUCUCUAUGGGCGACUACUAUAAAGAAGACCAGAAGGUGCCGUGUUAUCCUGAGGACCAGAAGAUUCCCUGCUGCCCUGAAGACAAGAAGCCUCCACCUCAAGGUCCCACUGUCACCUUCGGCCCCUGUGUGUUCUGCAGCCAUGGCAGUGGCAUCCCUGGUGUGGACACCAAGCUGGUGCGCAACGUUGAGUAUAUUGCAAACUGUUUUCGAGAGCAGAGGGCCACAUGCGCCAAGGGAGCAGAGUGGAAGAAGAUCGCUAAGGUGAUGGACAGGUUCUUCAUGUGGAUUUUCUUCAUCAUGGUUUUCCUCAUGAGCAUCCUCAUCAUUGGAAAGGCACCGUGAAAAAGCUGUGAUGCUACAGAUUUUAAAAAAAAAAAUUUUGACUCAGUAGACACUUUUUGGUCAAAUACAAAUAAUCGGAGGGAGUAAUUUCUUUUUUACAUAAUUAUUGAAGCAUACUGAAUAUGAAAUUUAUGACUUUUCUUUAAUAAUCUUAGUACACAGUAGAUUACAAAUAUUUGAAAAUAAAAUUAAGUUUGGAUUCAUUGUGUUUGGCUAAAUACAUACAUCUCAAUUAAGCACAUAAUAGCUGUACUACGCAAAGCAGCAUUAGUCUUCUGUGUUCACCCUAAACACAACAAAAUGGGUAGAUUAUGGGGAUGAAUGCAGGCAAUGCUCUGCUUAAAGUCAAAGCAAUGCAUUGAGUUUUGCUCUUAAAUCUCCUGCAUUCUUAUCUAUGCAUGUGACCACUUUUCCACCUAUACAAUCUAUAGUGUCGCACUGUUUUAAAUGUGCAUCCUGCUACAAUCCCCAUCACACAUGGCUUUGAUGUUAUUGCACUUCAUCAUCUGUCCACUGAAUACACGUGAGGGGAUCUGCUGUCAAGUUAAAAUAUGACCACUGGAGACAGCACAUGUCUUAUUCACAACUGUGAAAUCAGACGCCGGGGGCUGACAGGCACGGCGUCAGAGCACGCUUCGGAUCCGCAGAAUCAUUUUUCUGUUUAAAAUCAUCCAGUGAAUAGUUAAUGACCAAGCUUUGUUUGUAGCACAGCCAGGGCAGUGAGGAUGUAAGGUAAUAUGGAGCAUCAAUUAUGUAACACAAUGUGCACACACACUCUGACACCCUCCCUCUCUCUUGCAAAAACCCAUCUCUUGAACUCUGAAAGUCGAGGGAAUGUGUUUGUGUAUGUGUGAGUGUAUGUGGCUGCAUGCGAGAGGAAAGGAAGAAACAAAACAACUAAGGACAUGAGGAGCAACGCAAUAAUAGAAAAACUAAUAAAUCAUGCAUUCAUUCAAA